AUGCCGGCAACUCGUGGCCGCAGACCGCCGCAACGAAAGCCGCGCGCGCAGCCAAACCCCUUAAAAACCAAGCUCGAACUUAUCAAGCUGCAAAAUGCACUGAAGAGUUCGCAGCCCGGUGAUCACCUUAGCGCCGUGAUAGCUUUGUAUACUUGUGAUCCCCAUCAGCUGGAGAGGUGUGUCGACCGAGUGCGCAGGUGCAUCGAAUUUGGACUGAAAGGCAAGGUUAAGGCGCAUGCCUUUGGUUCGGUGGUCACAGGAUUGGCCCUGAAGGAAAGCGGCAUCGACCUGUAUCUGAAAGUAUGCGAUGAUCCGUCCAUGUCCCAGAAUGGGUUGCUCGACAUGGUCAUGGAUUUUCUACGCGACACCAGCAAAACCAACAAAUUCGCUGAAGUUUCAAAGAUCCCACGCACCAGAUCGCCCAUUAUCCGGUGCAAGCAUAAGCCUACCCGGUCAAUCGUCAACAUCCAUUUUUCCCAUCCAAAUGGCGCUUACAAUUCCGAGUUCAUAUGCGAUCUAAUGCGCCGCGAAAAGAAACUACGCGAAAUGUCCCUGUUCCUGAAGAUUUGGGCAAAUCGCCUAAUUGGAAGCUGCAUAAUGAACAACUAUUGCCUGAUCUGCAUGAUCAUUGUCAGUUUGCAGCAGAGUGGCCUAUUGCCAUCCGUCCGUUGGUUGCAGUCCGCCUGCCUGCCGGACAUUGUCCGUGGCGUUAACUAUUCAUACAACUUGGACUUGGCCCCACCAAUUCCGGCACAAACGAGCACCCUGGACCUUAUUAGGAACUUCUUUGAUCUCUAUAGCACCAUUGACUUCGAUAAGAAAGCGAUGAGCCCGUUUAUGGGCUGCGUUAUGGAUAAGCGGUUAAUAGUGAACGGCGACAUUCCCGUGUACACGGCGCAGAUCCAGUCCAUGGAGGCGGCUGGGGCUGAGCCACCGUCGCCUUUUCGGUUGAUUACCUGCAUGUACGUGCAGGAUCCCUUUGAUAUGCACAGUAACGUGGCCCAAAACGUCUGCCCACCAAAUCUAUCUGUGAUAAAAAAAUGCCUAAGUCUGGCAUCUCGAGCCACCAAGGAUCCGGAGCUCAUGACUCAACCAGGAAAGCUUUACGAGUACCUAAUGUUCAGAAUGGAAGAAGAUUUAGCUAUGUAUGAGGAAAAGGAGAAUUCUAGUCCUACGGUACAAAAAGUACAAACCCCUAGUCCUACGUCCCCGACGGAAUUGUUGACGCAUGGUCCUGUUUAUAAAACGCGGUUUGUAGAAAGUAAGUCUAUGCCUUUGAUCAGGAAGCAAGUAAUAGUGAAGAAAGAAGUUGUGACGCCGCCAAGUCUAACACCCAAGAUGCCGUUAGUGGGGAUGCAGGAGCCUAAACAGCCAGGUCCUCCGCCCAGAAAGCAGUUCGUGGGCAGCCAGCAGUUCUUGGGAAUGCAGGUCAAGAAGAAGCCUUGUCCCACGACCCAGAAGCCAUUAGUGAUGAAUCAAGAACCGAAAAAGCUAGGUCCUGCGCCCACGAAUCCAAUCAAUCAGGAACCGAAAAAGCCAGAUCCUAUGCCCAUGAAGCCGUUGAUUGUGAAGGUGGAACUGAAAAAUAAUAUUCCUACGAUCAAGAAGCCAUUGUUGGUUAAUCCGGAACCGAAACAGCCGGAUCCUAUGCCCAUAAAGCCGUUGUUGGUUAAUCAGGAACCGAAACAGCCAGAUCCUGUGCCCAUGAAGGAUCAGGAGCCGAAAAACCCAGGUCCUCCACCCAGGAAGCCCGUAUUGGUUAAUCAGGAACCGAUACAGCCAGAUCCUAUGCCCAAGAAGCCGUUGAUAGUGAGGGUGGAACUGAAAAAUAAUGUUCCUACAAUCAAGAAGCCAUUGUUGGUUAAUCCGGAACCGAAACAGCCAGGCCCUACGGCCAUGCAGCCAUUAGUGGUGAAUGAGCAACCGAAACAGCUAGAUCCUAUGCCCAUGAAGCUAUUGGUGUUUAAUCAGGAACUGGAAAAGUCAGGUCCUCCGCCCAGGAAGCCAUUAUUGGUGAAUCAGGAACCGAAACAGCCAGGUCCUACGGCCAUGUGGCCGUUGGUGGUAAAUCAGGAACCGAAACAGCCAAAUCCUAUGCCCAUGAAGCCAUUAGUGGUUUUUCAGGAACCGAAAAAGCCAGGUCCUACGGCCAUGUGGCCGUUGGUGGUUAAUCCGAAAUCGAAACAGCCAGGUCCUACGGCCAGAAAGCCAUUAGUGGUUAUUCAGGAACCGAAACAGCCAGAUCCUAUGCCCAAGAAGCCGUUGAUAGUGAGGGUGGAACUGAAAAAUAAUGUUCCUACGAUCAAGAAGCCAUUGUUGGUUAAUCAGGAACCGAAAAAGCCAGGUCCUAUGCCCAGCAAGCCAUUAUUGGUUAAUCAGGAACCGAAAGAGCUAUAUCCUAUGCUCAUGAAGCCGUUGGUGUUUAGUCAGGAGCCGAAAAAGCCAGGUCCUCCUUCCAGGAAGCCCUUAUUGGUUAAUCAGGAACCGAAACAGCCAGGUCCAACGGCCAUGCAGCCAUUAGUGGUGAAUCAGGAACCGAAACUGCCAGGUCCUAUGCCCACGAAGCCAUUGGUGGUUAAUCCGAAACCGAAACAGCCAGGUCCUCCGUCCAGGAAGCCCUUAUUGGUUAUUCAGGAACCGAUACAGCCAGAUCCUAUGCCCAAGAACCCGUUGAUAGUAAGGGUGGAACUGAAAAAUAAUGUUCCUACGAUCAAGAAGCCAUUGUUGGUUAAUCCGGAACCGAAACAGCCAGGUCCUACGGCCAUGCAGCCAUUAGUGGUGAGUCAGGAACCGAAACAGCCAAAUCCUAUGCCCAUGAAGCCGUUGGUGUUUAAUCAGGAGCCGAAAAAGCCAGGUCCUCCACCCAGGAAGCCCCUAUUGGUUAUUCAGGAACCGAUACAGCCAGAUCCUAUGCCCAAGAAGCCGUUGAUAGUGAGGGUGGAACUGAAAAAUAAUGUUCCUACGAUCAAGAAGCCAUUGUUGGUUAAUCCGGAACCGAAACAGCCAGGUCCUACGGCCAUGAAACCAUUAGUGGUGAGUCAGGAACCGAAACAGCCAAAUCCUAUGCCCAUGAAGCGGUUGGUGGUUAAUCAGGAAUCGAAACAGCCAGAUCCUACGGCCAUGUGGCCGUUGGUGGUGAAUCAGGAACCGAAACAGCCAGAUCCUAUGCCCAUGAAGCCAUUGGUGUUUACUCAGGAACCGAAAAAGCCAGGUCCUCCGCUCAGGAAGCCAUUAUUGGUUAAUCAGGAACCGAAACAACCAGAUCCUACGGCCAUGUGGCCGUUGGUAGUUAAUCAGGAACCGAAACAGCCAGGUCCUAUGCCCAUGAAGCCGUUGGUGUUUAAUCAGGAGCCGAAAAAGCCAGGUCCUCCGCCCAGGAAGCCAUUAUUGAUUAAUCAGGAGCCGAAAAAGCCAGGUCCUCCACCCAGGAAGCCCUUAUUGGUUAAUCAGGAACCGAAACAGCCAGAUCCUACGGCCAUGUGGCCGUUGGUGUUUAAUCAGGAGCCGAAAAGGCCAGGUCCUCCGCCCAGGAAGCCAUUAUUGAUUAAUCAGGAACCGAAAAAGACAGAUCCUACGCCCAUGAAUCCGUUGGUGAUUAAUCUGGGACCGAAAAAGCCAGGUCCAACGCUUAAGAGGCCAUUAGUGGUAAAUCAAGAAACUAAGGAGCAAGGACCUAAGCCCAAGAAGCCGUUGGUGAUAAAUGAGGAUCCGAAAAUGACAGAUUCUUCGGCCGUGCAGCCGUUGGUGGUUAAUCAGGAACCGAAAAAGACAGAUCCAACGCCCAUGAAGACCUUGGUGGUUAAUCAGGAACCGAAAAAUACAGAUCCUACGCCCACGAAGCCAUUGGUGUUUAAUCAGGAGCCGAAAAAGCCAGGUCCUCCUUCCAGGAAGCCCUUAUUGGUUAAUCAGGAACUGAAACAGCCAGAUUCUAUGCCCAUGAAGCCGUUGUUGGUUAAUCAGGAAUCGAAACAGCCAGGUCCUCCGCCCAGAAAGCCAUUGUUGGUUAAUCAGGAACCGAAACAGCCAGAUCCUACGGCCAUGCAGCCAUUAGUGGUGAAUCAGGAACCGAAACAGCCAGAUUCUAUCCCCAUGAAGCCGUUGUUGGUUAAUCAGGAACCGAAAAAUAUAGAUCCUACGCCCAUGAAGACCUUGGUGGUUAAUCAGGAACCGAAAAAGACAGAUCCUACGCCCAUGAAUCCGUUGGUGAUUAAUCUGGAACCGAAAAAGCUACGUCCAACGCUUAAGAGGUCAUUAGUGGUGAAUCAAGAAACUAAGGAGCAAGGUCCUAAGCCCAAGAAGCCGAUGGUGGUGAAGAAGGAGCCCAAAAAGCCAGGGCCUAAGCCCAAGAAGCCGUUGGUGGUGAAGGCGGAUCCGAAAAAGCCAAGUCCUAAGCCCAAGAAGCCGUUGGUGGUGAAGGCGGAUCCGAAAAAGCCAAGUCCUAAGCCCAAGAAGCCGUUGGUGGUGAAGGCGGAUCCGAAAAAGCCAAGUCCUAAGCCCAAGAAGCCGCUGGUGGUGAAGGCGGAUCCGAAAAAGCCAAGUCCUAAGCCCAAGAAGCCGCUGGUGGUGAAGGCGGAUCCGAAAAAGCCAAGUCCUAAGCCCAAGAAGCCGUUGGUGGUGAAGGCGGAUCCGAAAAAGCCAAGUCCUAAGCCCAAGAAGCCGUUGGUGGUGAAGGCGGAUCCGAAAAAGCCAAGUCCUAAGCCCAGGAAGCCGCUGGUGGUGAAGCCGGAUCCGAAAAAGCCAAGUCCUAAGCCCAAAAAGCCGUUGGUGGUGAAGGCGGAUCCGAAAAAGCCAAGUCCUAAGCCCAAGAAGCCGUUGGUGGUGAAGGCGGAUCCGAAAAAGCCAAGUCCUAAGCCCAAGAAGCCGUUGGUGGUGAAGGAGGAGCCCAAAAAGCAAGGUCCUGCGUAA